GAAGGGAUACGAGCGACGACCGGUCGUACGGAGUACAUCACUACUUCGUCUUCCCCAGUGUGAACUCGGAGCUGAAGCACAGAGAGGAGGGCGGAGGGGAAGAAGCCUGUGCGAUUCCCUCCGUCGCCCCCGUUCUUCCGGCCGCCCCCCUUCCUCUCCCUCGCGCACCAUAACUCCUCCAGCCGGCGGCGGACGCGAAGCUGGUCGCCUCUCGAGUUUGCCAGGCCGGACCUGCAGGAGUUGAAUCCCGGAUGGCACAGUUGCUUCGGCCUACUCGAGAGCGGAAGCUACGGCCUUAGAGGAGGAGGUUCCCUGGUGUUGUAGCUGCUCCUAUUGGAUCGUUCGCGGUGGCCUGUUCCCGCCGGCGGCGGAUCCCGGCUGGUGGAGUCACUCGUACUAGCUCCUAGCUGGAGGGGCAGACCUGCAGGCGCAUGGAGGUGGAGUCGCGCUGGUGCGUCCGUCCGUCCACAGGGAAGCUGCUUCACCACAGUUCUGCAAUUCGUCGACUCGCGACCAUGUACACAGGAGACAAAGGACAGAGAGAUGAGAUAUCAACAUAGCAUCAGCUUUUGGUCAUAUAGGCAAUGCUGGAGCCAUUGGCUGAACGUGGAGUGGAGAUUGCAUCACCAGCAUUAUCAUGGUUCCCAACACCAACUUGUGGAGAAGCCAUCUGUGGAGAACAAGAUCGUUCGCUUUACCUGUCAGAUCGUGAACCUUCUUCAGAUCGUGUGCCUUUUGCUUCUGCUGCAUGUGCCUACAGAUAGCGGCAAGAUGGACUCGUGAAAAGUUGGGGAUUUCCUGGCAAUUCGAUUUACAGAGCGGAGCUUCUACCUAUCAUCCGGCGCUGCCGAUUUUCCCUGGGAGCUUCAAUUAGAUAGCCUUGAAGAUGGCCAUUUUUUCCCCUCCGUUCUUGUUUGCAUUACUGGUGGAUUAUUAGAUUUGGCGGGUAGCCAUAUGUUUUCUGGACGCCUUGGCGCGAAGGAGAAAAUUUCCCUCCUAUUCUGUGAUCUGUUUUAACCGCAGGCUUGUAUUACGGGAUGAUUAGUAUUUGUCCGCGUAUGAGUCGAUCGUGUCCGGUAUUUUUGAUUGCUUUCUCUGUUUUGUUUUGGCGAAAUUGAAGGGAGACAGUGCGUGGGAGGGGGAGGUCCUUGGAUGCCUGCCACGUAGCUGGGCGCACGGAUGGGAGCAGAAACGGGGCGCAGGCAAGCCCCGUCCCUUAGUAUUAGCCUUCUAAACUCGUCUUCCGCGAGCCUCACGAUUCUGCCGGUGACUACCAGAUUUCACCUGCAGAAUAGUCACAGCAGGUUGUCUUGUACUUGUUGUAUAUAUAUUUUAUAUAUACGAAGUGGACUGCGUUUGCAACCCAGUUUGAAUCCCAUGGAAGAGGCGACAAUCUGCACCAUAUGGAAUGCUGUCGGGAUGAGUUUGGAUCAGAGGUUUGCAAUAAUUAGGAGCAUAGGCUUGGAGAGCACUGAUGAGGAUGAUAUUAGGAGGCUACUGGGCAAGAAGGUUGCUCCAGUUUGCUAUGUUUGGUGUGAUCCCUCCCCUUCGGUACAUAUCGCCCAGGGGAUCAUGAUGGUGAUCAAUGUUAGGAAGAUGGUUAAAGCUGGUUGCAGAGUUAAAAUCUUGAUAGCAGAUUGGUUUGCUCGUAUGCAGCACAAAUUCGAUGGUGACCUAGCGAAAAUUCGGACUUUUGGACUUUACAUGAUUGAGAUAUGGAAAGCAGUUGGCUUGGACCUUAACGGGGUAGAGUUCAUAUGGUUGUCCGAUGAAAUAAAUAGCCAUUCAGCUGAAUACUGGGCACUGGUCAUGGAUAUUUUCAGAAAUAAUACUUUGAGGAAGAUAACAAGGUGCUGUGAAAUUGUGGAUCCAUUCAUGCUUAACAGAAAUAUUAAUGAUUCAUUUGACCCCAAAAAUGUGACGGCUUCAACUCUCUUUACCCCUUGCGUGCACUGUGCUGCUAUAUUAUUGCAAAAGGCAGACAUAUGGCUAUUGUCCAUGGAUCAUGAAGAGGAUCUUCACGACAAGCUAAUUAGACAGUACUGCAAAGGCAUGAAGCAUGAAAGACCUAUUAUUCUGUCCCAUAAUAAGCUGCCCAAUUUAAUAGAACACCCUGAAUUAGCUAAGAAUGGAGAUCCAUCUUGGGCUAUCUUCAUUGAAGAUCGGGAGGUUUAUUUGAGUUACAAACUAAGCAGAGCUUUCUGUCCUGCGAAAGUUGCAGAAGGCAACCCAUGUCUGGAGUACAUCAAAUAUAUUGUGUUUCCAUGGUUUGGAUACUUUGAGGUACUCAGGAAGGAAGAGAACGGUGGUAGCAGGACGUUUCAGAACAUGGAAGAGCUUAUCAUUGAUUAUGAAAGUGGUGCUCUGGGUGCCGGUGAGGUGAAGCUGGCCCUUGCAGAAGCACUAACUAAGAUUCUGAAGCCUAUACAUGACCACUUUGCAAACAAUUGUGAAGCCCAAAAUCUGGAGGAUGAGGCUCUGAGUAGUAUCCCCCGGUACUAGGGAGUAAAGGAGCAAAUGAUGAGUUCAAGGAAAUUUUACUGAAGAUAUAUAAGGGCGAUUACGUGAACUUAAUACACAGGAAAGGUUCAUGGCAGCGUUAUGUAUUGGUACUAAAGAACAUGUGUAUGCUUUCUGUUUGUUUGUUACAAGCCAUUCCGUGCUUCAAUAUAAUGUUUUAUGUCUCAUCA